GGGGGGGGGGCGGCUGUCUGUAGGCGGCCGCCAUGUUGUGCGGUUCCGGAACGGGCCGGGGAUGGCGGGGACCGGGAGUAAUUGGCUCUCCGGGGUUAACGUGGUGCUGGUGAUGGCUUACGGCAGCCUGGUCUUUGUGCUGCUCUUCAUCUUUGUCAAACGCCAGAUUAUGCGAUUUGCCAUGAAGUCACGACGGGGCCCCCACGUUCCUGUUGGACAGCAUGCACCCAAGGAUUUAAAGGAAGAAAUCGACAUCAGGCUCUCCAGGGUGCAGGACAUCAAAUAUGAGCCCCAGCUGUUAGCUGAGGAUGACAGCAGACUGCUGCAGCUGGAGACACAAGGCUGCUACAACUACCUGUACAGGAUGAAGGCUUUGGAUGCCAUCAGGACAUCAGAAAUCCCUUUCCACGCUGAGGGACGUUACCCAAAAUCUUUAAUAGGGAAGAAUUUCUGUGCCUACCUUCUGGAAUUAAGGAAUUCCAGCUCCUCCUUCAAAGGCAUCCGCAAAGCUUUGGUUGACUCCUUGCUGGAUGGCUACGAGAGCGCCCGCUAUGGCACAGGGGUCUUUGGGAAAACAGAAUAUCUGAAGUACCAGGAUGCUCUCAACGAGCUGGCAAACAUGACCAAGGCCCGGGGAGGCAGCAGCCAGAGGCAGCACCAGUCAGCAGCCAAGGACCUCACCCUCUCCCCUGAAGUCUCCAACUCUGCCACCAUCCAGGUCACCUACCUGCCUUCCAACCAGAAGAGCAAACGUGCCAAACACUUCCUGGAGCUGAAGAGUUUCAAGGACAACUACAACACGUUGGAGAGCACUCUGUGAGCCCCAGAGGGAGCACUCCUCCAGGGAUCUGCAACCAGCAGAGCCCCUCCUCGUUGGGGGGUGGGGGCAGCUGCUGUCACACGACUGGGAGGACACAGCUGCAUUUUGGGCUCUCCCUCUUGCACCACUUGGAGGAUUUGUUCUCUGGUGCUCUGGUGGAGCUCAGCUCAAGGCACUGCACCCACCUGCUGGACCCAGAGGGGAUUGGUGGCUCCUGUGGCCUCCUCCACUCAGGCUUGGGACGUUUUUCUGGGUGACAUCCUGGAGCCCUGGCCCUGUGAAUAAACUCUGGUUAGCUUUAGUGUGUUCCCAAAGGCCAUGGAUCCCAGCCAGCCCCUCUUCCUCCACCUUCCUUUUUCCCUGGGACACUUGGUGGAGGCUGAUGCUGUCUGUCUGUCCUUUCUGAGGUGGCUCAGGCUCUGGAGCUGCUUCUCUGUCCUUUCCAAAAGGUGAAGGUUCCUCGUUUUCCCUGCUGCUCUCUGCCAGGCACCACUUGGACAGAGUGUAAAUAAUUUCUGGGCAGUUCUCAGUCACCUCAGUGCCCCAGGUGCCUCUUUGGGGCUGCACUUUCUACUUCCUGGGCAUUUUGGGGACAUCUCAGGCAGACAAAAUGGCUUCAAACACCCAGUCUGCCCUGCCGGGGGGGGGUUUCUUUCCUCCCACUCUCACCAGCACC